CGUCUCCGUGCCGGGACCCCUGCCGAGCCGCCCUCGCCGCCACCUUGCUGGGAGAGUCGCUGCGCUCCGCUUAGGCAGAAGCCUCGAGCGCCGCGCCCGGGAACUGCCAGCUUCGGAGAGGCGCCGCCCGCAAGGACACCUCUCCGUCCCGCCUGGUCCUCAACUCCCGGCCCGAGCUCGACGCGAGCCAGGAGUCCGGACGUCUCUGCGCGCCGCGCAGCAGCCAGAGCUGUCCCCACUGCCCCGGCUCGGAGCCAACUCCGUCUCGGACCUGGGACUCUGGACUCUGAUUCGUAGCUACUUCUCACCUCGGGGCUGCGCUGUCUCCCCGCUAGCCUUCCCGUUGUCCUCCACCGCUCAGGACGGGGGUGCCACGAUGUCCCACUGCUGCGCAGGGCCCUGGGCCUCCCUCGACGUGUGACCCUAGCCUGGUCCCCCUGCUUGGCCGUCCGCCCUCUCCUUGGAGACCCCCGGCCCGGCCCCCGGGGGAAGAGGAAGAAGACGACGAAGCCGAGGGGGGGAUGUCCGGCUCCAAAAGCGUGAGCCCCCCGGGCUACGCUGCACAGACAGCGGCGUCGCCGGCGCCCCGGGGAGGCCCGGAGCAUCGCGCCGCGUGGGGAGAAGCCGAUUCCCGCGCCAAUGGCUACCCCCACGCCCCCGGGGGAUCGACCCGCGGCUCCACCAAGCGAUCUGGGGGAGCGGUGACCCCACAACAGCAGCAGCGCCUGGCUAGCCGUUGGCGCGGUGGCGACGACGAUGAAGACCCUCCACUAAGCGGUGACGACCCUCUGGUCGGAGGCUUCGGCUUCAGCUUCCGUUCUAAGUCGGCCUGGCAGGAGCGCGGCGGCGACGACGGCUGUCGCGGCAGCAGGCGGCAGCGGCGGGGCGCGGCUGGAGGGGGCAGCACCCGGGCGCCCCCUGCGGGCGGCAGUAGCAGUUCGGCGGCGGCCGCAGCGGCCGCAGGUGGCACGGAGGUGCGCCCCCGCUCGGUGGAGCUGGGCCUGGAGGAGCGUCGAGGAAAAGGCCGAGCGGCCGAGGAGCUGGAGCCCGGAACUGGCACUGUCGAGGAUGGAGACGGGUCCGAGGAUGGAGGCAGUUCCGUGGCGUCAGGCUCUGGGACCGGCACGGUGCUGUCGUUGGGCGCCUGCUGCCUGGCCUUGCUGCAGAUAUUCCGCUCUAAGAAGUUCCCGUCGGACAAACUGGAGCGUCUGUACCAGCGCUAUUUCUUCCGCCUGAACCAGAGCAGCCUCACCAUGCUCAUGGCCGUGCUGGUGCUCGUGUGCCUGGUCAUGCUCGCUUUCCACGCGGCACGGCUCCCGCUCCAGGUAGUCUACCUGGCCGUGUUGGCAGCUGCUGUGGGCGUGAUCCUUAUCAUGGCUGUGCUCUGCAACCGUGCAGCCUUCCACCAGGACCACAUGGGCCUGGCCUGCUAUGCGCUCAUUGCAGUGGUGCUGGCCGUCCAGGUAGUGGGCCUGUUGCUGCCACAGCCACGCAGCGCCUCCGAGGGCAUCUGGUGGACCGUGUUCUUCAUCUAUACCAUCUACACCCUGCUGCCUGUGCGCAUGAGGGCUGCGGUGCUCAGCGGGGUGCUUCUGUCGGCUCUCCACUUGGCCAUCUCUCUGCACACCAACGCCCAGGACCAGUUUCUGCUGAAACAGCUUGUCUCCAACGUCCUCAUCUUCUCCUGCACCAACAUCGUGGGUGUGUGCACUCACUACCCAGCCGAGGUCUCCCAGAGACAGGCCUUCCAGGAGACCCGGGAGUGCAUCCAGGCUCGGCUCCACUCACAGCGGGAGAACCAGCAACAGGAGCGUCUCCUGCUGUCUGUCCUUCCCCGUCAUGUUGCCAUGGAGAUGAAAGCAGACAUCAACGCCAAACAGGAGGAUAUGAUGUUCCACAAGAUUUACAUCCAGAAACAUGACAAUGUGAGCAUCCUGUUUGCUGACAUCGAGGGCUUCACUAGCCUGGCAUCCCAGUGUACUGCCCAAGAACUGGUCAUGACCCUCAACGACCCACACCAGCUCUUCACCCCCUGUGAGGGAGAGAAUCACUGCUUACGGAUUAAGAUCCUCGGGGAUUGUUACUACUGUGUCUCGGGGCUGCCUGAAGCCAGAGCCGACCACGCCCACUGCUGCGUGGAGAUGGGAAUGGACAUGAUCGAGGCCAUCUCGUUGGUCCGGGAGGUGACAGGGGUGAACGUGAACAUGCGUGUGGGAAUUCACAGCGGGAGAGUACACUGCGGUGUCCUUGGUCUCAGAAAGUGGCAAUUCGACGUGUGGUCUAACGAUGUCACACUGGCCAACCACAUGGAAGCUGGCGGCAAGGCAGGCCGCAUCCACAUCACUAAGGCCACACUCAACUACCUGAACGGGGACUAUGAGGUGGAGCCAGGCUGCGGUGGUGAGCGCAAUGCCUACCUCAAGGAGCACAGCAUCGAGACCUUCCUCAUCCUGCGCUGUACCCAGAAGCGGAAAGAAGAGAAGGCCAUGAUCGCCAAGAUGAACCGCCAGAGAACCAACUCCAUUGGACACAAUCCGCCUCACUGGGGAGCUGAGCGCCCCUUCUACAACCACUUGGGUGGCAACCAGGUGUCCAAGGAGAUGAAGAGGAUGGGCUUUGAGGACCCCAAGGACAAGAACGCCCAGGAAAGUGCCAACCCUGAGGAUGAAGUGGACGAGUUUCUGGGUCGGGCCAUCGAUGCCAGGAGCAUUGACAGACUGCGAUCUGAACACGUCCGAAAGUUCCUCUUGACCUUUAGGGAGCCCGACUUAGAGAAGAAGUACUCCAAGCAGGUGGAUGACCGAUUUGGUGCCUAUGUGGCCUGUGCCUCGCUUGUUUUCCUCUUCAUCUGCUUUGUCCAGAUCACCAUUGUGCCCCACUCCCUGUUCAUGCUGAGCUUCUACCUGUCGUGUUUCCUGCUACUGGCCUUGGUGGUGUUUAUAUCUGUGAUCUACGCCUGUGUGAAGCUCUUCCCUACUCCCCUGCAGACACUCUCCAGGAAGAUAGUGCGAUCCAAGAAGAACAGCACCCUGGUCGGGGUGUUCACCAUCACCCUGGUGUUCCUCUCGGCUUUUGUCAACAUGUUCAUGUGCAACUCUAAGAACCUGGUGGGCUGCCUGGCAGAGGAGCACAACAUCACGGUGAACCAGGUGAACGCAUGUCAUGUGAUGGAGUCGGCCUUCAACUACAGCCUGGGCGACGAGCAGGGCUUCUGUGGCAGCCCCCAGUCCAACUGCAACUUCCCAGAGUACUUCACCUACAGCGUGCUGCUCAGCCUGCUGGCCUGCUCCGUGUUCCUGCAGAUCAGCUGCAUCGGGAAGCUGGUGCUCAUGCUGGCCAUCGAGCUCAUCUACGUGCUCAUUGUAGAGGUGCCCGGCGUCACACUCUUUGACAACGCUGACCUUCUGGUCACCGCCAAUGCCAUAGACUUCAGCAACAACGGGACCUCCCAGUGCCCUGAGCAUGCGACCAAGGUGGCGCUGAAGGUGGUGACGCCCAUCAUCAUCUCUGUCUUCGUGCUGGCUCUGUAUCUGCAUGCUCAGCAGGUGGAAUCCACUGCUCGCCUUGACUUCCUCUGGAAACUGCAGGCCACAGAAGAGAAGGAGGAGAUGGAGGAGCUGCAGGCCUACAACCGACGCUUGCUGCACAACAUUCUGCCCAAGGAUGUGGCUGCCCACUUCCUGGCCCGGGAGCGGCGCAAUGAUGAGCUGUACUACCAAUCCUGCGAGUGCGUGGCUGUCAUGUUUGCCUCCAUCGCCAACUUCUCUGAAUUCUACGUGGAGCUAGAGGCCAACAAUGAGGGCGUUGAGUGCCUACGGCUACUCAAUGAGAUCAUCGCAGACUUUGAUGAGAUCAUCAGUGAGGAUCGGUUCAGGCAGCUGGAGAAGAUCAAGACCAUAGGUAGCACCUACAUGGCUGCCUCUGGCCUCAACGACUCCACCUAUGACAAGGCAGGCAAGACCCACAUCAAGGCUCUUGCAGACUUCGCCAUGAAGCUGAUGGACCAAAUGAAGUACAUCAAUGAGCACUCCUUCAACAACUUCCAGAUGAAGAUCGGGCUUAACAUUGGACCUGUAGUGGCUGGGGUCAUUGGGGCUCGCAAGCCUCAGUAUGACAUCUGGGGCAAUACAGUAAAUGUGGCCAGCCGUAUGGACAGCACUGGGGUGCCUGACCGCAUCCAGGUUACUACAGAUAUGUACCAGGUGCUGGCCGCCAACACAUACCAGCUGGAGUGCCGGGGUGUGGUCAAGGUCAAGGGCAAGGGUGAGAUGAUGACCUACUUCCUCAAUGGAGGGCCUCCCCUCAGUUAGCAGAUACCAGCAGCAUCCUGGCCUCCGGAGGACUGAACAGCUUCUCUGUGCACCAUGGGCAGAUAGGGCCUGUGCUCCAGGCUCACAGCUGUGCUGGUAAAAUGUCUACUUUGACUCAGAAGCAACUUCUGCCUUUGCUGGUGGGCAUGGCUUUUGGCCUAGGCCCAGGGUGCCAGCGUCCUGCGAGCACCGAGCUGACCAAAGAUGUUGCCCUUGGCAGAAGACUGUAGACUCGAGCUGACCCUUGAGGUUCUGACAAGUGCUGCUACUGCACGGUGGAUGUGCUACCGGAGCACAGCCUGGCACAGAGUGGCUGGCCUGAGGGGAGGCCUUGGCCAUGAAGGGGAGGUAGGCAAGCUUGAAGCUGGCCUGGGGGAUGUCCAUGGACCUCAUGGGUCUGCUUUUCCACUGUGGAGAGGCUAUGCCCCCUCACAACGUUUUGGGGGCAGGAACUGGGAGAGAUGGCGGCCUGUGCCAUCCUCUCCUCACACCUCCAUGCACACAGACAAUGCCCUGUACGGGAAACAGGACUGUUGACAAGGGGGAGGCAAGAGGACACCAGGCAAGGAGCAGUGGCUCUGAGCAAAAGAAAAUAUUUAUUAAAUAAAACAAAAGUUUUCUCUGCCCUUC